AGAGUUUAGGAAAGGGGGAUGCUCCGGACACCCUGCAAGCGUGUUUGUUAUAAUGUCCUUUGGCAGUAGGUCCCUGGGCUUGAUUUAAGGCUAGCACACAGAAAGUCACUCUGCAUCCAAAUUUAAAACCGACAAAGGGCACGAGACACUUUGUGCUUGCGGAGCUGCCCGGUCUGCGAGGUUGGCAGCAUGAGAGAUCGCCCCGGUUAGAGCGCUCCACCACCAGACCCGCGUCUGGUCCGAGGCUCCAGCAAGAUGACAGCCCUGGUAGAGGAGAAGGAGCUGCAGGAGAGACUGAGAGAGGCGGCGGCGCUGGGGGACGCGGAGGAAGUUCAGCGGCUGGUGGAACACCCCCCAGAAUGCCAUCACCGGCUGGAAUGCAUGAAACGUAUGUGCUGUUAUCUAGUAUUUCAAAGAGCGUUGCCGUUUUCCGUGUGCAGGACUUGUUUGCACUGGGCGUGUAAAAGGAACCACGCGCAAGUGGUGUCCUACCUGCUGCGAUCCGGGGCCGACAAGGAGAUUCGCACAAGGAAAGGAGAACGGCCCGUCCAGUUGACUUCCAGGAGGGAGAUUCGGAAGAUGCUGGGAGUGGAAGAUGAUGAACUCCCAGACUUAAAGAAAGAUUCAGAUUUGCCAAUCAUCCCUAAUUACCUGGCUAACCCACCUUUCCCGUACGUUUAUAACACCAUGAGUAACAGUAUUCCCGACGCCUCAGUGAACGGAAGCGUCUCGCGCGUCGAGUCGCAAGAUGCCGACUCGGCUUCCUGCCCUCGCGGGGAAAGGGGCGCGCGUGCAUCGUUCCCGCGGGAAAACGCUGCCUCGGAGGUGGCUGAUCACGGAGACAGGCCGUCGCUGCCCGGCGCCUGCACCCUACCGCGAUGCCCAAAACCCGUCGGUCAGAACGGUCCGGUUUACCAGACGUCCGUGUCUUGGAGCAGAAGUUCCCCUUCUCCGGUCGGAUCGAAACCGGCUGUACCUCAGCAGCAGAACGGCUCCUGUGCGGGGCCCGUGCCAACGUUUCAGCCGGUCUUCUUCACAGGAGCUUUUCCGCUUAAUAUGCAAGAACUGGUGCUUAAAGUUAGAAUACAGAACCCUAGCCUUAGAGAAAAUGACUUCAUUGAGAUUGAACUGGACAGACAAGAACUGACCUAUAAGGAACUGCUGCGAGUGAGUUGCUGUGAGCUGGGCGUUAACCCCGAACACGUAGAGAAGAUCAGGAAAUUGCCAAAUACAGUGCUAAGAAAGGACAAAGAUGUUGCAAGGCUACAGGAUUUCCAAGAACUGGAGCUUGUUCUAACAGUAAGCGACAGAAACUUACUUUUCAGAGUACCAACGCUUUCUGAACGGAGUGGUUAUAACAAGAAAGCAUCAGAACUGACGUACUAAUUGUUUAAAGAAGAAUAAAAAAAAAUUUGUAUCUCAUUUUAAAAUUACAUGUUUGAAGUAUAUUAUCUAUAAGGGCUAAUGACGCGGGAAAAAAAAUCUAUUUUGUUAACCUUGAAAUAAACUAAAGAUGUUAGGCACAGUUACAGCCUGUAUUUAGUCUAAGAGUAACUAGUCUGAUAUGAAAGUAGCUUAUGCAAAAAGUACUGGUAGAACUAUCUAUUAAUGCAGCACUCUUUUCCUUACAAGAAGUUAGUCUUGAAAUAUUGUGGAGUUACAGACGCUCUCAGGGAAAGGCUUAUCUUUAACUGUUCUAAUAAUUUGUUUGCUACAAAAUAGCAGAGGCACUCAUGCUAAAGAACCUGCCAUGAAACCCAUUUAAUAUUUAUAUCGAGUCCGUUACCAUUGACAUAUUCACCUUUCAGAUCAUGUAUUUUACAUCAUCUCUGAUUUAGAAGGAAAAAAAACAGAAGGGUUUCAAUCUGUGGAAGAAGCACAAAACUGUCUAGUUUAAAUACUCCUAAGUGACUUAUUGCCUGUGAUUUCUUAAUCCCUAUUUACACAUUUCCCUACUUCUCAGGUUGAAAACAAAAAAAUUACAUUAAUUAUCCAAAUCAUAAGUAUGCUCUCAACCAAAAUCAUAGAUCCCUUUUAUUGUUGUCUGUCAAUAUACAGUAUUGACAUGUGCAAUUUAAAAUACUAUUUUUAUUUGUUACUGUAUUGAAAACAUAUUUCUCCAAUGCUGCUUUAAUUUUCCCCCUUUAAAGCACAAAUACUGUAAAAUUGUUGUCCUUUUACUCCCUACAUUCCUGAGAAAGAUCCAGUCUUGAAACUUUCAAGUUUCCUAUGUAAAAGGAAUCUAGGGUUUUCUGGGCUGAUAUUAAAAUCUUGACAUUUCUAUGCAGUGUAUUUCCUUCCCCCCCCCCCACCCCACCCUGUGACUUGUUGCUUACUGAAAAGUCACUUUUCCUGUUACUUAAAAUUCAGAAUUAAACUACUUCACUAUGAAAUCCUGGAAUAAAUAAAGUAAAAGGUAUUUAAGACAACAGCGAGCUGGAUUUUAUCUAACAUUUCAGGACGUCAGUAUUUACACAGUCGUCUGCGUUUGAGAAGCGCUGUACAAGUACGUACUAUGCAUCAGAUGACGUACAGUACUAGAUGUAACAGACAGACGGAACAUAAUCAACCUGGACUGAGUUUCCCUCUGUUUCUGUAUCUUCCCCCUUCCUCCCCUCUAGUUUCUUCGGAAACUACAGUAACCAAAGGACUUUUAUCUUCUAAUGGUAUUUACAGCCCAGGUUAGCUGUACGUUGUACGUGGACUUGCAAACGGGAUUUGCAGCACGCUGAGCAGGGAGGAAGCGCUGAGGAGAGAACUGCAUCUUAAACUCUCAUCCCUCUUCUCAGCAGAAAAUGAUGACCGUCUCUGACUGGUUUUGGGUGUCCACCACAGUCUUUUCUCCUUUCCCGGAGACCACUCCAGGAGAAAGAAGUCCCUCUCCCCCUGCAGUCAGGGCUGUCACCUGUAUUAUAGCUAACCUAAGAGGAACUGGUACCCAAGUUUACCCAUCCUCUCGCUUUCUCAUCCAGUGAAUAACGCAAUAUGCAAAGGGAAGCAGCUUCAGCCGGAGUGUCUGAGGACACAAGAGGGAGCCCUCUCCCAAACCGCCUUAGUCUGGCACGCCAGCGGGCACCUGGAAGCACAGAUCCACGCAAACAUCCAGGUUUCUUAUGUGUCAGUUAACUAGACUGAAUUGCUAUCUCCCAACGAUAACAUUAGUAAAACCUUUUGUCACAACCAAAUAUCCUUCGCUGAAGUGUUAGAGGGCAAAUGCAGUCUGAGGCAGCAGCAUUAUCUAUUUCUUAUACCAAACCGGUGGUGGUCUAUUAACUUCUGGAUAAUGGAAUAAGAAGAUUUCCAUUGCAUUGUUCCUGGUAUACAGAACGGACACGGUUUAGGCUUCAUCUGGCUAAAUGCCAGCUUAAUCCAUGCAAACUGCUAUGGAUUAACCAGUCAGACCUACCAGAGAAAAGCUCAGCUGUUGGGUUGAUUGACUUCAUUGUUAACUGACUGUUGUGCACAGAUGCUGAUAGCUACCUAUGCAUUCACACAAAUAUUUUUAUAUAUUAUGCAGUUUAUAAACAGAAGAUACUAUUAACCUUGCUAACUUGAAUUAAUCUGAUAAGUGUAUAAUCACUACAUUACUGUGUAUGAUCAAUAAUUCAUUACUUUGUGCGUUGCUAUCUGAAACGUUAGUGUCAAAUGAAUGCUUGGCUGCAGAUUCUUGUUUCUAUUUAAGA